ACAAGCACACGGCCCGCCCGUUUCCCGUCGGGCCUCGCGACGGCGGCGGGAACAUGGCGGCGGCGGGAGCCCUGGAACGGAGCUUUUUGGAGCUCAGCGGUGCUGAGCGCGAAAGACUGAGACAGUUUCGGGAAUUCACAGUCUGCGGCCUUGGGACCUCCAGUGCUGCGCCGGGAGCAGUGAAAUACAGCGAGAGCGCAGGGGGCUUCUACUAUGUGGAGAGCGGCAAGCUGUUCUCUGUCACGAGAAAUAGGUUCAUUCAUUGGAAGACCUGUGGGGAUACAGUGGAGCUGGUGGAGGAGUCACUGGACAUCAAUCUGCUCAACAAUGCAGUUCGCCUCAAAUUUCAGAACUGCAGUAUCCUGCCCGGCGGGGUUUACGUGGUCGAGACCCAAACUCACGUGAUCAUCAUGAUACUGACCAAUCAGACAGUGCACAGGCUGCUUCUGCUCCACCCUUCCCGGAUGUACAGAAGUGAGUUAGUAACAGAAAGCCAGAUGCAGUCAAUCUUCACUGACAUUGGGAAGGUGGACUUCAGGGACCCCUGCAGCUACCAGCUAAUUCCAGCAGUGCCUGGCCUGUCCCCUCAUGCUGCUGCCUCAGCCGCCUGGCUCAGCAGCGACGGGGAAGCCCUGUUCGCACUCCCAUCUGCUGCUGGCGGCAUUUUCAUCCUUAAACUAUCUCCUUAUGAUAGACCAGGCACACUGGCGGUUGUGGAGCUGAAACAGAGCUCCGUAAUGCAGCGACUGCUCACAGGCUGGAUGCCAACAGCCAUCAGGGGUGAUCAGGGGCCAUCAGAUCGUGCUCUCAGCCUUGCUGUCCACUGUGUCGAGCAUGAUGCCUUCCUGUUUGCCCUGUGUCAGGACCACAAGCUACGGAUGUGGUCAUAUAAGGACCAGAUGUGUCUGAUGGUGGCCGACAUGCUGGACUAUGUCCCUGUGAACAAAGACCUUCGGCUCAUGGCUGGGACGGGACACAGACUCCGACUUGCGUAUUCGCCUUCCCUGGGCCUCUACCUAGGAGCCUAUGUGCAUGCUCCACAGCGCGGGCAGUUCUGCAUUUUCCAGUUGGUGAGCACUGAGAAUAACCGCUAUAGUCUCGAUCACAUUGCCUCGCUCUUCACUUCUCAGGAGACACUGGUGGACUUCGCCUUAACCCCCACAGACGUCUGGGCCCUGUGGCAUGAUGCUGAGAACCAGACCAUUGUGAAAUACAUCAACUUCGAGCAUAACGUGGCUGGCCAGUGGAAUCCAGUCUUCUUGCAGCCGCUGCCUGAGGAGGAGCUCGUCAUCAGGGAUGAUCAGGACCCCAGGGAGAUAUAUCUGCGGAGUCUUUUCACACCAGGACGAUUCAUAAAUGGAGCUUUGUGUAAAGCUUUACAGAUUUUCUGCCGAGGAACUGAGAGGAAUUUGGAUCUUUCUUGGAAUGAACUAAAGAAAGAAGUCACUUUAGCUGUGGAAUCUGAGCUCCACGGCAGUGUGACAGAGUACGAGUUCUCCCAGCAGGACUUCCGAAAUCUGCAGCACGAGUUCUGGAGCAAGUUCUAUGCCUGCUGUCUGCAGUAUCAGGAGGCCCUGUCCCAGCCCCUUGCCCUGCUCCUGAACCCGCACACAAACAUGCUGUGCCUGCUGAAGAAGGGGUACAUCUCUUUCCUUCUGCCCACUUCCUUAGUGGAUCACUUGUAUCUCCUGCCAGAAGAGAACUUUUUGACAGAGGAUGAGACAGCCAUAUCUGAUGACAUGGAGGUUGCCCGGGAUGUCAUGUGUCUUAUGAAAUGCCUGCGGAUGAUUGGAGAGUCGGUGACCACGGACAUGUCUGUCCUGAUGGAGAUGAACUGUCACAACCUGCAGUCUCCAGAAAAGGCUGCAGAACGGAUUCUGCAAGACAUGAUCAUUAUUGAUAUAGAAAAUGUGAUGGAAGAUGUCUGUAGUAAGCUGCAGGAGAUGAGGAACCCGGCCCAUGCCAUCGGACUCAUUAUACGGGAAAUAGAUUACGAAACUGACGUGGACAUGGAGACGGGCUUCAAUCCAGCUCAGCCUUUGAAUGUCCGGCUGAAUCUCUCGCAGCUCUAUGGCAGCAGCUCAGCAGCCUAUGUUGUGUGCAGAGGUGUGCACAAGAUCGCCAGCACUCGCUUCCUCAUCUGCCGAGACCUCCUGAUUUUUCAGCAGCUGCUGACAAGGCUGGGAGACACGGGGCUGCUGGGACCUGGCCAGCUCUUCCAGGCGCAGCAGGAGGUGCUGCACCGCACGGCGCCGCUGCUGCUGUCCUAUCACCUCAUCAAGUGGGCCAGUCAGUGCUUGGCAACUGAUGUCCCAGUCGACACACUGGAGUCGAACCUGCAGCACCUAUCGGUGCUGGAGCUGACUGACUCAGGGGCUGCCGUGGCCUGUCCAUUUGUAUCCAGCCCACAGACAGUCGUGGAGUUGUUCUUCCAAGAAGUUGCAAGGAAACACAUCAUUGCCCAUCUCUUCUCUCAGCCAAAGGCACCACCAAGCCAGACAGCACUGAAUUGGCCUGAAAUGAUUACUACAGUUACCAAUUACUUACUGCAGCUUUUAUGGCCCAGCAAUCCUGGCUGUCUCUUUCUGGAGUGUUUGAUGGGAAACUGCCAGUACGUACAGUUGCAGGACUACAUUCACCUGCUGCACCCCUGGUGUCAGGUCAACGUUGGCUCCUGCCGCUUCAUGCUGGGGCGCUGCUACCUCAUCACAGGCGAGGAGCACAAGGCUCUGCAGUGCUUCUGCCAGGCAGCAUCUGAAGUGGGCAAGGAGGAAUUCUUAGAUCGUCUGAUUCGCUCCGAGGAUGGGGAGGUGGCAUCCAGCCCCAGGCUGCAGUAUUACGACAAGGUGUUACGUCUGCUUGAUGUUGUGGGGCUCCCUGAGCUGGUUAUUCAGCUGGCUACAGUAGCAAUAACAGAAGCAGGUGACGACUGGAAAGGUCAGGCCACUUUAAGGACGUGCAUCUUCAAACAUCACUUGGACCUGGGCCACAACAGCCAGGCGUACGAGGCCCUCACUCAGAUUCCCGACUCCAGCAGGCAGUUAGAUUGCUUACGACAGCUGGUGGUCGUCCUUUGUGAGCGCUCGCAGCUGCAGGACCUGGUGGAGUUUCCUUAUGUGAACCUGCAUAAUGAGGUCGUGGGUAUCAUUGAAUCACGUGCCAGGGCCGUGGACCUCACAACUCACAAUUAUUAUGAGCUGCUCUAUGCCUUCCAUAUCCACCGCCAUAAUUUCCGCAAAGCUGGCACGGUGAUGUUCGAGUACGGAACCCGACUGGGCAGAGAGGUCCGUACCCUCCGGGGGCUUGAGAAGCAAGGCAGCUGCUACCUGGCCGCCAUAAACUGCCUGCGCCUCAUCCGCCCCGAGUAUGCAUGGAUCGUGCAGCCCGCGGCUGGUGCCGUGUAUGAUCGUCCUGGAACGUCCCCCAAAAGGAAUCAUGAUGGAGAAUGCAUGGCUGCCCCGGGUGCACGGCAGGUGGAAAUCCUGGAGCUAGCUGACCUGGAGAAGGAAUGCGCACUGGCCCAUGUUCGCCUCGUGCUGGCCCGCCACGACCCAGCAGCCGUUGCUGUGGCAGGAAGCUCGUCAGCGGAGGAGAUGGUCACUCUUCUGGUGCAGGCCGGCCUCUUCGACACUGCCCUCACGCUCUGCCAGACCUUCAAGCUGCCCCUGACACCAGUCUUUGAGGGCCUUGCUUUCAAGUGCAUCCGGCUGCAGCUGGGCGGGGAGAACGCGCAGGCUGAAGCCUGGGCCUGGCUUGCAGCCAACCAGCUGUCCUCUGUGGUCACCACCAAGGAGUCUAGCGCUACAGAUGAAGCAUGGCGACUGCUGUCCACUUACCUAGAAAGGUACAAGGUGCAGAAUAACUUGUACCACCAGUGUGUGAUCAACAAGCUCUUGUCACACGGCGUGCCUCUGCCUAACUGGCUCAUCAACAGUUACAAGAAAGUCGAUGCUGCAGAGCUGCUGCGUCUCUACCUGAAGUAUGACCUGUUGGAAGAGGCUGUGGAUCUGGUCUCAGAAUAUGUGGACGCUGUGCUUGGAAAAGGACACCAGUACUUCGGCAUCGAGUUUCCUCUGUCUGCGACAGCCCCGAUGGUGUGGCUCCCCUACUCCUCCAUCGACCAGCUGCUCCAGGCAUUGGGGGAGAACACUGCCAACAGCCACAACAUCGCGCUGUCUCAGAAAAUCCUUGACAAGCUAGAGGACUACCAGCAAAAAGUUGAUAAGGCAACACGGGACCUGCUCUUCCGGCUGAACUUGUGAUCUCGGUGUCCCGGGUGUGGUGCUCGAGGGCCACCCUGCAAGGGACUUGGUGGUCGGCAAGGCCCUGGCGGGAAGUGGGCCCUGGGCUCACUGCAGGUGCUAACACCAUUCUGGCCUCCACCUCAUUCUCACACAGCUGCUUCUGGAUUCUACACGAGUCACAGCUUUUUUAGAGUUUAUAUUUUUUUAAACUACCGAAGAUGUUGUUUAUUUGCAAACGAAACCCUGCCUCACUUUGGAGCAGCCUGCAGUGUGGAUUUCUUGUUGAUGAGUGACACCAAGAGCAAUCACUGUGGACCCUACCCUUCCCGAUGUUUUCUAUACCGAUGGGAUUAUUUUGGUCCAGAACUGACAUGUAUUUUCUGUACGGCAAACAGAGACUAAUGACUUUGUGUACUCUUUUCCUUAUUUAUUGUGAAGUUUUUAUAUGGUCUUCAAUAAAGUACAAAUUUGCCUAGAAUAAAUAAUGACCUGUUUAAAGAAGAAUUAUAUUUUGAAUCAGGCUCUGAAGUGAAAGUUAAGAAAACUUUUAGCUAAGGACAAAUUAAAAACCCUUCUACAAAAUCAACAGACUCAAAGUGAAUUCUGUCAAUUUUUAAGAUUUAUAAUAAUCAAGCCGGACUUGAUCAGACUGUCUAAAAAUGUUAAAAUACUGAACCAAAGUAUAUAAAUUUUACUGGAUAGAUUCAGUAAACAAAUUUUGAGGAAAGUAAAAAAAUAAUCUUGGAUUUUAUUCUGUAUAUUAAAAUCUGUCUUUCAGGAAA